UCAGAGGCCUUUUCUUUUCCUCCUUACCGGAAGUAGGCCUCAUUAUGUCUUCUCCUCUUGAAGGCGUCGUGUUUUUCGACCGGGCGCUGCCCUGGGGGCCUCCGGAGUCGGGCCUGGAACUCCGCGUGGCGCAGCGCUCUUCCGGGGGGACGGGCUGCGUGGUGUGGGACGCCGCCCUGGUCCUGGCCCGCUUCCUGGUCAAGAAGAGCCCCACGCAGGCCUCACUCGACCUCCGCCGCAAGGCCGCACUCGAGCUGGGCGCCGGCACGGGCCUCGUAGGCCUCAUGGCCGCCUGCCUCGGGGCAAAUGUUAUUGUCACGGAUCUUGAGGAAGUUCAGGACUUGCUGAAGAUGAACAUUGAGAAUAAUCAGCACCUUUUCACAGGUUCUGUUCAGGCCAAGGUACUGAAAUGGGGUGAAGAUGUAACAGCUUUCCUUCCUCCGCCUGAUUACAUACUGAUGGCAGACUGUAUCUACUAUGAAGAGUCCCUGGAGCCUUUGCUCAAGACCUUGAAGGACCUCUCUGGCCCUGAUACCUGCAUCCUUUGCUGCUACGAAGAAAGGACAAUGGGGAAAAACCCAGAGGUGGAAAAAAGGUAUUUUGAGCUCCUUCAGAAGGACUUUGAGUUGGAAAAAGUUCCCUUGGAAGAGCACGAUGAGGAAUACCGUAGUGAGGACAUCCACAUCUUUACCAUCCGAAGGAAAGUAAUGAACUGUUCAUCCUGACAGCUUUGAUGUUGUUUUCUGGUGGCCUGUCAGCCAAGGGAAGGCGCGACUGAGAGUUCCUCGCGGAUUCUCUGCAGAACGUUUCUGCGGCAAACCUGGAUCGGCGUUCAGCCUCCUGCUGAGAUGACACUCGGAGUCGGUUUUCUUGAAAGAGCUAAAAGCACCCGCUCAGGGCUCUCUCAGGGUUGUUUCUUGGCAUGGUUUCUGGUUGUAGAAGCACAGAAGACUGAGAAUCAAAGGAGCAUUGAUACUUAGCACACAACUUCAAAUGGGUGCUUACCAUUUACAAAUCACCCAACCCCCCCUUUUUUUGGAUAAUGAUCUCUUUUGAUAGUACGUAUUUAUUUUAAAAAGUUAAUAUAAAGGCAACUGGUGCUAUCACUUCAUUGUGUUCUGUUAUGUUAUCACAUGCCAUAAGAUACUUUUGCAGGUUAAAGCAUGGACAAGGAAAUAGAACAAGACAGAUGCUCUGCCUGUAUAUGAAAUUUUGAAAAAGUAAAUGAUGACAAGGCAGAAAUCACAGAGCUGGAAUAUUUUGGCUGACUUGCAUGUGUAUAACUUAAGAGUACACGUUUUUUAAAACGUCGCACAAGGCAGCAGUCGCCAGCAACUCCUGUAAGCCUCUAUCUGGGGGAAAAAAAAACCUCUCAUGGGGUACUGCCAUGCCGUUUACUGAUUGUGCAGAGAAGAGGUAACGAAGCUUCUCCAUCAUGGUCUCUGUGAAAUUGCACAUAUGGUAUUUCCUGCUUAAGCGGCUGAGGGGGAAAAGGAAAGAGCCUGGUGGGAGUUGCAGUCCAAAACACCUGGAUGGCCCAAGUUUGCCCAUGCCUGCUCUGCAAUUACAUUUAUGCUCUUCACAUUUCCUAGUAAUCUUUACAGCAGCUCUAUAAAUCCAUGUAGUCAGUGGAAAUUGAGGCCACAAACCUGUCUUUGAAUUAAUAACAGCAGCGAAUGUCAAAAAGGAGGGUUUGUUAUUAUUGCUGUUGUUUAUAUUCCUCUUUUUCUCCACAAUGAGACUCACACAGGCUUGCAAUAAAAGCAUUUCAAUGCAAUUUAAAAUAUACAAAUAUUAAAACUGAAUUAAAUAUCAUUCGUAUUUAAAAGUUAACGGCGCUCCAUGCAGUCAUGCCGGCCACAUGACCUUGGAGGUGUCUACGGACAACGCCGGCUCUUCGGCUUAGAAAUGGAGAUGAGCACCAACCCCCAGAGUCAGACAUGACUGGACUUAAUGUCCGGGGAAACCUUUACUUUACUAAAAUAUGUAAAUAUUAAAACAGAAUUAAAUAUCAUUAGUACAGUAUUAAAAACAGUUCAGUUAAAAACCAUAUUCAAAAUUAAAAACCAGCUCCAGUUUGGCCCCGUUUGGAUAACAACAACAACAACUUUAUUUUUCUAUCCCACCCCCAUCUCCCCGUGGGGACUCGGGGCAGCUUAUACAGAGCCAAGCCCAAAAAACGUAAAAAGCAAAGUAAAAUACAUUUAAAACCGCAAAUUCAACAGAUAAAACACAUCCGUGACUGUUUUUGUACCGGUUUGCACUUUUUACCUUUGUAAACUUGAUAUAGAUACAGGGUCUACUCCCAUCCCAAUUUGCACUUCCAAGAAUUUGCAGCACUUAUCAGUCACCUCGUGUUUACAAUAUUUAUAUGAUGCACUUUACCCAGUCUACUUUUACAACCUCUCCGUUUUAAUCCAUGUUUUUAUUAGUUUUUGGCAUUUAUUUUUAUUGGGUAAUGUUUAAAUUCUUAUAAUUGUGCAUGUCUGUUGUCUAUUGUUGUGUUUUAUAUUGCUAUUGUUUUUAUUCGGGCCCCAUGUAAGCUGCCCUGAGUCCCCUUUGGGGAGAUAGAGCCGGGGUAUUAAAAUAAAGUAGUUGUUGUUGUUGUUAUUAUUAAAAUCAAAUAAUACAAUAUGAUAACAGUGAAGCUGCACUCUCACAUUUUAGUGCAAAUUCAGCCCAAAUGCAUCAUGGUAGUAACCAGAAAUCACUUCUGGUAUUUUCCUGCAUUUUGAACUCUUUUACUGGAGGCUAUUGUAAACAAAAUGACAGGUAAUGAAAAUAAAUCAUGUUUACUUUUGUAGUA